GUCUCGCCGCUCAACAGUGAGAGGCGCAUCAACAUCUAUUCUUGUCCGGAUUCAAACUGCAACCUGAUCUAGUUAUUUUGGGGAAUACGUAUUGUUACAGGAGAAAGACGUAUACAGAUUGUAUUCUGGUUUCUGGGAUUUACAGGGUGGCCUUUUUCUCUUUCAUUAUUCUUGUUGGGGUUUGAUGUUAGAUUGGUAUAAUUGAAUCUAAACAGCAUAUUAGGAGUAAAGUUGUCUUUUUUAUGGGGAGAAAUAAAUUUCCAGAGAUGGAAGUGAGCUGGGGAUGUACCAGGUUUGUUUUGGUUCUUGCUGUGGGAUUCAUAUUUAGUGUUGCCCAGGUUUGUAAUGGUGGAAGAACUAGCAGUUUUGUGAGGAAUGAUGAUUUGUCUCUUGAUAUGCCUAUAGAUAGUGAUGUGUUUCGAGUGCCUCCUGGCUACAAUGCUCCACAGCAGGUCCAUAUAACACAAGGAGAUCACGUGGGUAAGGGUGUGAUUGUGUCUUGGAUUACUCCUGAUGAACGUGGUUCAAAUACAGUGCUUUACUGGGCUGAAAGUAGUGAACUCAAAAACUGGGCAGAUGGAUUUGUUCUUACCUACAAGUACUUCAAUUAUACUUCUGGUUAUAUUCAUCACUGCACAAUAACUGAUUUGGAGUUUGAUACCAAAUAUUACUAUGAGGUUGGAAUUGGAAACACAACACGGCAAUUCUGGUUUAGAACUCCUCCUGAAGUUGGCCCUGAUGUCCCAUACACUUUUGGCCUUAUAGGAGAUCUUGGGCAGACUCAUGAUUCUAAUAGGACACUUACCCAUUAUGAAUUAAACCCCGCAAAAGGACAGACACUUUUGUUUGUGGGAGACCUCUCCUAUGCAGAUGACUACCCAUUUCAUGACAAUACCAGGUGGGAUACCUGGGGGAGGUUCAUAGAGAGGAAUGCUGCAUACCAGCCUUGGAUAUGGACUGCUGGGAAUCAUGAAAUUGAUUUUGCUCCUCAAUUUGGUGAAGCUAUUCCUUUCAAGCCCUAUACAUACCGUUUCCAUGUACCCUACAAAGCAUCAGAAAGUACAACUCCUUUCUGGUACUCCAUUAAGAGAGCUUCGGCAUAUAUCAUUAUCAUGUCCUCAUACUCAGCUUAUGGGAAAUACACACCUCAAUACAAAUGGCUCAAAGAUGAGUUUACAAAAGUGAACAGGACUGAAACGCCAUGGCUUAUUGUUCUCAUGCACUGUCCUUUCUAUAACAGUUAUGCACAUCAUUAUAUGGAAGGAGAGACCAUGAGGGUAAUGUAUGAGCCAUGGUUUGUUGAGUACAAAGUGGAUGUUGUAUUUGCUGGUCAUGUUCAUGCCUAUGAGAGAUCUGAACGCAUAUCAAAUAUUGCAUACAACAUCACCAAUGCGUUGUGCACCCCCAUUAGCAACCCAUCUGCUCCAGUGUACAUAACCAUUGGAGAUGGAGGAAACCUGGAAGGACUAGUGACAGAGAUGACAGAGCCUCAGCCAAGUUACUCAGCUUUUCGUGAAGCCAGUUUUGGUCAUGGUAUAUUAGAAAUAAAAAACAGAACACAUGCUUACUUUGGUUGGCAUCGUAAUCAAGAUGGUUAUGCUGUAGAAGCCGACUCUGUGUGGUUACUUAACAGAUAUUGGAACUCUUUGGAAGAAUCAUCAGCGGCUGCAUUAUGAAGAAAGCGCUGGACAUUAGGAAUACAAGAUUUCCUGAUGAUAACUUAUCCAUUACAGUUGUUUCAUGUAAUGUAUGUAUUUCAGAUACAACUGAGUGAUAUGAAAUAUGAAUGCAAUUAGGAAGGUCAUUAGGCUCUGGCUGAAUCACACCCGUUGUUGGAAUUUAGGAAGAAAAAGGGUGGAGAAAGAGGACUUGGAGGAGAGCAGAACUUAGAACAUGAAUUUGACAUUUCCAUGGAAGGGUGCAUAUAUUCAACCAACCGGGAUGGAGAGAAGUUGUUCUCCAAUUCUCUCAUUUUCCAUUUACAUAUCUGCCCAUUUGUAGUGGAAAAUUACAAUAUAAGAACAGUAUUCUU